AUGUCUCUGGAGAUCCUCAAGCAGACGGGCGCGCUGGCCCUGGGAGAGGUCUAUGUCUCUGAUCGAGAGGGAAGUGACGCUACUGGAGACGGGUCACAGGAGAAGCCUUUCAAAACUGCUCUGAAGGCUUUGCUGUCUGCUGGAAAGGAGCCGUUUCCUACGAUCUACGUGGACUCGCAGAAAAAAGACGAGAGAUGGGAAACGAUUUCCAAGACCCAGUUGAAGAAUGUCAAAAAGCUGUGGCACCGAGAACAACAAAAAGCUGAAGCUAGAGAAAAGAAAGAGGAAGAAGAUCUCUUGCGCCGUGAAAAGAACUUGGAGGAAGCAAAGAAGAUUGUCAUUAAGAAUGACCCCAGUCUCCCAGAGCCCAAAUGUGUGAAAAUUCGUCACCUAGAGGCCCACAGAGGAGAGAGAGUCAAGGUCUUUGGCUGGGUCCACAGGUUGCGUAGACAAGGGAAGAACUUGAUGUUUGUUGUAUUAAGAGAUGGCACAGGAUUCCUUCAAUGCGUCUUGUCAGACGAACUGUGCCAGUGUUACAAUGGAGUCAUCCUCUCAACCGAGAGCACAAUUGCUAUCUAUGGAAUGCUCAACCUUCUUCCAGAAGGCAAACAGGCUCCAGGAGGCCAUGAGCUGUGUUGCGACUACUGGGAGCUCAUUGGCCUGGCUCCCGCUGGUGGGGCUGAUAACCUUGUCAAUGAAGAAUCAGAUGUGGACGUGCAGCUGAACAACCGGCACAUGAUGAUUCGAGGAGAGAACAUGAGCAGGAUCUUCAAAGUGCGCUCCGUGGUCGUCCAGUGCUUCAGGGAUCACUUCUUCGACCGAGGGUAUUACGAAGUCACCCCUCCAACGCUGGUCCAAACGCAGGUUGAAGGAGGCUCCACUCUGUUCAAGAUGGACUAUUUUGGCGAAGAAGCCUUUUUGACACAGUCCUCCCAGCUGUAUCUGGAAACUUGCAUCCCUGCACUGGGAGACACUUUCUGCAUAGCCCAGUCCUACCGAGCAGAGCUGUCUCGGACCCGCAGGCAUCUGGCUGAAUACACACACAUUGAAGCAGAAUGCCCUUUCAUGACAUUUGAAGACCUGCUGAACCGUCUCGAGGACCUUGUCUGUGAUGUAGUGGACAGAGUCCUGAAAUCCCCUGCGGCUGACAUGCUUUAUGCCCUCAACCCAAACUUUGAGCCCCCGAAGCGCCCCUUCAGGCGGAUGAACUACACAGAUGCCCUUGUAUGGCUGAAGGAAAAUAACGUGAAGAAGGAAGACGGCACAUUCUACGAAUUUGGAGAGGAUAUUCCAGAGGCCCCCGAGAGACAGAUGACGGACGCCAUUAAUGAGCCAAUCUUGCUGUGUCGAUUUCCUGCUGAGAUAAAGUCCUUCUACAUGCAGCGCUGCCCCGAGGAUACCCGCCUUACUGAAUCUGUUGAUGUGUUGAUGCCUAACGUCGGCGAGAUCGUUGGAGGCUCGAUGCGUAUUUGGGACAGUGAUGAGCUGCUGGAAGGCUACAAGAGAGAAGGCAUUGACCCCACGCCUUAUUAUUGGUACACCGACCAGCGUAAAUACGGCACGUGUCCUCACGGUGGCUAUGGCCUGGGGUUGGAAAGAUUCCUCACCUGGAUCCUGAACAGGCACCAUAUCCGGGAUGUGUGUCUGUACCCACGAUUUGUCCAGCGCUGCAAACCUUAACCAAUACUGCUCGGCGGCAAAAGUCCAGCAGUCUUUAAGCAAAACCCUCCUCCCCUCAAGCUCCGGAGAGCAACAUCUCAUCAUCCUUAUAAAGCCACCCUGACAGGAAAUCCAAGAGAUCAACUUCUUUUCCUUUUUCUACCUCCAACCUUUUCCAAAUGAGAAUCUGGAAAUUUGAAUUGCAGUCCACUGAUUUCAGCAAACCUCCCCCCCUCUCCCCCUUGCCCAGAUUUUCUCCCCUCAUCAAUCCUAUUGAUAUAUUUUAACUUAUUGAUUGCUAGGAUAAACAAGCAGUGUGCAGUACUUAAGAACUGCACUUCCGUAGCAGCGCAGAGCCCAUAAAAUAAUUGGGUCGUUUGGUAAAAAGGAGCCAGAAGCAGGGCUUCUGAAAAGGGAAUAUUUGAGUUUUCUCCCCAAAACAAAAUUCAUUAGGAAGUGCACAAUGUAACAUAAUAUAAUUUCUCCUCCACAACACAACACUCAGCUUGGCAGAGGGAUUCCUUUUUCGGUGACUAGAAUGAUAAAAGCAUUAUAGUUUAAAGAACCACCCAAUUGAGAGGAGAACCCAAACACUAGAUACCUUUUGUCUCCUUCCUUGAAAGUUUUCAGCCUGAAUUCUUAGACGUGGUGGCUGGGCAGAAGGGGGACCCUUUAACUCUGCCUUGAAAAUUUAUUUAGAGAGGCGCAUUAACAAAAUGCUGCCCUAAAGUUACUACAGCUCUAAGCUGUAGUAACCUACUUUUUCCUAAUGGGUGAGAUUAGGGUGGAGAAUAUGAUGGCCUCUUUUUUUAGCCUUUCAUGUGAAAAUCAUUAUAUCUGCAUUUUGAACUUGGCACUUAUUGAUGACUUCACUUGCCAAAUAAGGAUGGCUGCUGCCCAGGCUCCCAGUUCCAUCAAAAGGUUUUCUGCAAAUGUUCUCUUGGCAGAAGCCUCUUGUAUUUCACACUCGGUUAAGUUGCUUUUCAACGCGCCUCUUGUUACGUAGUUCAGAAAGAUGGGCUGGUACAGCUUGCAUUCCAAGAACCCUGGGAACUGUAGUUUUGAGAAGGUGUCUGAUCCUUCUCUUGCUCAUCCUACCCACUGAAUGUCUUGGUUUCUUAGGAAAGAGGGGCCAACGGAAAAUUAGAGGAGCUUUCAGGUGAUGAAGCUGAUUGAUGUCUUCGUUGCUCCUCUUUCCAGCAAGUGCUGUGAAAAUGGUUUUUAGUUAUCAGAAUAAUUUAACAGGGGGGGGGGGGAUGACGACACUAGGGAUGCUCUGGGUUGUUGCUGUAAGACCUUGCCUGGUCAUAUUUCUCUUAUUCUUCUCACUGUUAACAUUUUUGUGAUGAUUGUGCAUGCCUUGUUUUCAAAGCUGGUUGGAUCUCGCAAUCAAUAAAUUCAUAGCACUGGA